ACUAUGUUGGCAAUAACCUUACAUAUUAUCCUUUGCGAUGAGUUAAUGCGUGUCUGUCAAAUAUUUAGAGCUUGCCGUAUAAAAAAAGGACGUUGCGACGGCCGGCCAGCGUUUCAAAGGCGCACGCGCAGGGAAAAUCAUUCGAUCGCAUCGACCGCUGGGGCCGAACGACUAAUCGGGAAGUUUAGCGACCGUUUUUCUUCAAUUAUUUUUUUAAGACGCCACCUCUAUUGUUCCCACUUUAGUGGCAGUGUGUUCGAAAAUUUUCACUGGAACUAUGAAAUAAUGUGCGUUGAAAAAUUUACAUCGAACGGUCACCGUUUGUGUUCCGACCGUUUUACGGACACUCUAAAAGUUCUCAGGUUCUUAAUGCUACAAUUGGUUGUGCCGAAUUGGACGAUAUUAUGGAUAUCGAAACUUUUGUGAUGAGUGUUAAUUUUUUUUUAUGACAAGAAUUAUCAAGGCGUAGACUGGACGGUAGUAAAUUAUUUUUGUAAGCAGUGUAUACGGAGAUAUCUAAGCAAGAUGAUGUCCAAGAAGCAAUUCACGUGUAUGCUGACGCUGCAUUUAGUUUACCUUCUGGUUGGAGCUAGUAUAUUUUACCAUAUAGAGAGUCCUUUAGAAGCACAACAAAGGGCUGAAGACAAACUGGAAAGACUUGAAAUUCAAAAUCUUUUGUACGAGAAUUAUGUCCCGAAUGAUCCAGAAAAGCAGACCAGUAUAUUGAACAAGCUGUCGGUGUAUUGCGGGAAACCUAUGUACAACUCGACAGCAGAAGAAGACGAGACUCCGUUGAAAUGGGACUUUUACCAUUCGUUCUUUUUCUCGUACACUGUCGUCAGUACAAUUGGUUAUGGGAAUUUGGCCCCAACAACCCAUCUGUCUAGAAUCCUCAUGAUAUUCUACGCCUUGUUCGGUAUCCCUAUCAAUGGUAUCCUGCUUGCUAACCUCGGCGAAUACUUUGGAUUGCAGCUAAUUUCUGUUUAUCGGAAAUACAAACGGCGCAAUGUGAAACGUGCGGACAACCUGAGCUAUUGCUUCAAUAACCUGGGAAUGCUGGGUCAGAUCUUUUUGUACCUCGUGCCUGGAUUUCUGUUCUUCAUCUUCUUGCCAGCCUGUUUGUUUGUGGUCUUCGAGGAUGGAUGGGAUUUUGUAGCUGCUGUGUAUUAUGCAUUUGUCACUCUGACUACAAUUGGAUUUGGUGAUUUGGUUGCAGGAACAGCAAAUAAUGGAUUUCAGUAUGGCCAAUUCAUCGCUUAUGAGAUAUUCCUUAUAAUCUGGAUUACUUUUGGCCUUGGAUAUAUUGUGAUGUUGCUUGGCUUUAUCACUAGUGGUAUGAGAUCCGAACGAGUACAUAGACUGGAGCAGAAAUUUGCUAUGCAGUUUAAAUCAACGCAAAAUAAAAUCCUGCAAGGAUUUACAAGAGAUAUUGCUGUCAUUAGGAAGAUUAUUAAUGAAGCUAAUUUAAUAAAGUUAAAGCCUGUCUAUGUAGAUGAAACACCACGUUUUUAUAGAAGUAAGAGCUGUCCCAAUUUUACAUUUGAUGUAGAACCACGAUUCCCUGUUACCAAAAGAAAACGCGCUAACUCCGAGAAUAUACAACUUACAGCUAAAGACAUGCUUCGAAUUCAAUCUGAUACAGAUUUACUUGGUAUCGACAAGGAUAAAACAUUUACUGCCUCAGCUAUUGUCAAGCCUGCAGAACUACUAGCCAGAGUAGUGAAUGUAUUAGGAGGUUUUGAACAACCGCACCGAAAUACAGGUGUACACAUGUUUGAUGACGAACACAUUUUGGCGAGUGAAAAGCCACCAGUUUUUUCCAUUGGUCAAAAUAUAAUACCAAACUCACCUAAAAGAAUAAGGGCAUUGAGUAUUGCGGUGCCUAAUCAUAGAAAAGAAUCAGUAUCGAAAUUUGAUCAUGAUCAUACAUGGACUAAUGGUGAUUCAGCAGAAAAAUUCAGAAAAGAAGCAAAUGCAAGAAGUGGUAAAUUAUCAUUACCAUCCACUAUUACACCGCCAGCUGUUGAAGAUUCACAACCUAGAAAUUUCCUUCAACGGAUUUUCCGAAAAUCGAACUCAACUGAAAGUCCAGCAGAAUAUGUGAAAAAUACGAUGAUAGGUCGACUAAGUAACACUCAUAAAGUAAAUGUGAGUGGCAAAGAAACACCUAGACGUGGUAGUAUUUUUUCAAAUUUCUUUUUUGGUGGACAAGACAAUAAAGGAAACAACGAACUUGACGCUUAUAAAGAAAAAACAAAAAGAGGACGUCAUAGUAUAUUUCCAACAUUCGACUUUCAUCGUGAGGAGGAUGAUAACGCUGCAAAGGCGUAUAAAGAGAAAACCAAAAAAGGUCGUCAUAGUAUUUUUCCAACAUUUGAUUUCUCUGAAAAUGACGAUGCAGAAACUGCUAGAGCAUAUCAACAAAAGCCUAAACGUCAUAGCAUAUUCCCUACGUUUGAUUUUAGUGAAGAUGAUGAUGACUAUCUUGCACAAAAGUAUAAAGAAAAUACAAGGUCUGGUAGACAUAGCAUUUUUCCAACGUUUGAUUUUAGUGAUACGGAGGACAAAGCAGCACGUGAUUAUAAAGAAAAAACAAAACGCGGUAGACAUAGCAUUUUUCCUACUUUUGAUUUUAGCGAUCUUACAAGUAAUGACGAAGAAGAUACAAUAGAUGAAGAUGAAGUAAGAAAAUAUCAAAAUAGAACAAAAAAAGGUCGGCUUAGUCUAUUUCCAACAUUUGGAAGGUCUAAAAAAGACGACGACGACACAAUGCCAGAAAGUUCAGACGAACUUGUAGAUUACAAGAAUAAAACACGUCAUGGGCGUGUAAGUUUAUUUCCUACAUUUGGCAAAGACCGUAAGACAAGUACUCCAGAAGAAAACUCUAACGAUCUUGAAGCUAGUAUAAAGCAAUACCAAAAGCAAACAAAACGCGGCCGAAAUAGUUUAUUUGCUGGAGAUAUAGAACAUUACCGCAACUCAACACAAGGAGGUCGUCAUAGUUUAUUCUCUAGUGAGUUAGAAAAUUAUAGAAAUAAAACCAAACGGGGUCGUCCCAGUCUAUUUGAUCCUAACGUAAAUAUAUCAAAUCUUCCAGAAUCUGAACAAGUUGAGGUAUUAGAAAAUACUAGUGUAGCUGAUUUGCUUCGCGCAUUAGCUACUAUAGAAACAGUACGCGGAGAUUCUGACACAACUAGCCCAGCUGGAUUAUUGGACUUGAUAAAUGAACCCGUUGCAACACCUGCUAGAAGACGUGGUUCACUUAGGCCUGAUUUUGCUUUACCUACAGUUUCUACUAAAGAAGAAACUGAGGAAGCUACAGGACCACGACGCAGAAGAAUAUCUGCUAGAGCUGCAGCACCUCAUUUCACACCAACAUUAGCAACAGUUGUUGCUGGCACUGAAUUACAAAUAACAGCAGCCGCUGCACGAGAGAACCGUAUGUCCAUGUUAACGCACCCGCCUCCUCCUUAUUCGGAAACUGAGACAUCUACUGAAGAAGGCGUACAAAAACCUAGGGUUAGAAGAUACUCUCCAGCACCUUCAGAUCCAGGCAGAUCUGUGGCCCCUGUACAGAGACUAUUUACACGUAUGCGUAAUCAAACAAGUGCAGAAGAAGGAGAUUCUACAAAUUCUAGCUUAACUGAUGUAAUAGUAGACAAUAACUUAAAAGACAAUACGUAACCCAGUGCCUUUUUAGUACAAUUUAGGUGUAAGUAUUUAAAUGCUUAGCUUAUAUUUUAUCUAAUAGUAUUAUAGUAUAUAUAAAAUAUAUACCGUCCACAAAAAUAUGUCUUUUAU